AUGAGGGCCCCGCGGCCCUGCGGCGUGUGCGGGGCGGGCGGGGCCGCCAAGUACCGCCGUCCGCGGGGUGCGGGGCUCCCCGGCCCCGCCGCGGCGCUGCCCCCCCCGGCCGCACGCAGCCCCUGGUCGGUGGAGGACAUCCUGGCGGAAGACGCCGAGCAGGACCGCGUCCCGCUGCAGAGGCUCAAGCUUUUAGGGGAAUCAGAAGAACUGCGAGGCUUGCUUCUGAACCCUCAUCUGAGGCAGCUGCUGCUCACAGUCGAUCAAGCAGAAGAUAAAAGCUCCCUCAUGAAGAAGUACAUGCAGGAGCCAUUAUUUGUCGAGUUUGCAGACUGCUGUUUGAGAAUUGUUGAACCUCCAGAAAAGGAGAACAUUCUCCCUGAAUGA